AUGAGAACAGAAGUCUCUACAGCUGCUAAUUUUGUUAGCAGUCUGGUCAGGAUGACUGGCCUUCUUACUGAAGAUCAACUUCAUCACUUAAACUUUUCCCUGCAGAAGACGCUACUUGAGUACUACGAGCAACACUGGUUUCCCCAAGAUCCUUGCAGAGGGUCAGGCUACAGAUGCUUGCGCAUCAACCACAAAAUGGACCCUUUGAUAGGCAAAGCUGCCUGGGCCGUUGGCAUUACACAGGAGAAAAUCUUUUCCCUGCUUCCAUGUGAGCUAACACUGUGGGUGGACCCCAAUGAAGUGUCGUAUCGCAUUGGUGAAAAUGGAUCCAGUUGUGUUCUUUAUGCGUCCUGA